UCCAUUAUCAUCUAUUGAUUCCACGGAGGCAUCCAAUUCUUCCGCCAUGAAAACGCUAAUCUCCUGACGCACAAAGUGUUCUUUGAUUGACAUCAAUGGUUUGAAAUUGUGUAAUGCUGCUCUUUUACCGACAUAACUGACCCAGAUUUGGCUGGCUUGGAAUUCAGCCUUUAUUUGUUUCAGUGUAUAUCGCUGCAGAAACAGCUCCAAAAAUAUCAUCUUUGACACAACAUGAAAAAUGAAUAUCUUAACUGGUGGGGACAAGUAUAACCGAUUGACUCUUAUUAUCAAUCAAUAGGACAGUCCCAACAUGCUGUGACAAUGCUUCAAAAGGCAAAGCCUAUAUUGUAACUGUAAUGACAUAGUGACCAAUCCACAAUGGACGACACAGUAACCCUAUCGCCAUGUUGAUUGACUCUGGUGGUUAUUGAUAUGUUUCCUAACUAUUGGGCUUUCUCCUUUGUCUACAGGAAGAGACUUUUGUUACUUCUGACAGUGAUACUUUAUUUACUUACCCUGUACAGGUAAGUUACCAAACAUCUCACCUACCAUGGAGGGGUGCUACAUUUGUAGGUGGGUUGAGGAAAAUCUGCUGUGCUAAAAUCAGUUCAGCUUAUAGUGUUUCUUGAUGAGAGGACAACUGGCCAACAAGGACGUGUCUGGAACUAUCUCCACAUCUGCCAGACAUAAACUGGACUGACGAACAUUGUUGACGCUUUACAGCACAAAUUAGUGUUUGACAAUGGAUGACAGACUGAAGAGCACAAAGUCUGCACCGCUCAAACGAGUGAAGAAACCAGCAGGCCCGGUGACAGGACCAGAGCUGGAGUUGGUGCCGUGCGUAUCAUCCCUACAGCUGGGGGAAGACAAGGAACCCAGGGAGGGGAGGAGCUUCAGGGUGGAUCCUGAGUCAGGCUACAUCACAGUCAGCAGACCCACUGUUACAACAGUACACACUGAACCCUCACCAGAUGAAAUCCAAGAUGCCCAGUCGACCAUUGACGAUCUUCAAACAGAACUGUCUGCUGCAGAGGAGACUGGCAACAGUUCCCUACAGUUCGACAUCAACUGCAAGAUAGGAGACCUGUACUGGCACAAGCUGCAGAUGCCAAACAAAGCCAUCAUGUACUAUGAAGAGAUGUUAACAUCUGCACAAGAGAUGCACGACAAGACAAAGGAGGCCAUGACUUACAACAAGAUGGCCGUGGCCCUAGAUGUCUCGGGGAAGCACAAGGAAGCCAUGUGGAACCAUGAAAGGAUGAUGGAGAUAGAGAAGACAACAGGGAACAAGGAUGGAGUCUCUGCCUGCCACGCUAACAUGGCCUCCUCCCUGCUGAGUUCAGGGAAUGUCUCGGAGGCUGUGGCACACUACGAGUCUGUCAUGGAGCUGGCGAAGGAGAAGAACAACAAGCAGCAGCAGCUGGAGGUAGCCCAAACUCUGGGCGGCCUGUACCACAAGAAGUUAGGGGACCCCAAAACAGCCUUCAAGAACUACACACUGGAGCUGAAGCUGGGAGAGGAGCUGAAUGACAGACCAGCGAUGAUACAAGCAUGCAACAUCAUGGGAGACAUGCAGUUCAUGGAAGCCAAGGAGAAGAAAGCUGCACUGAAGUAUUACAAACACAUGCUGCUCCAUGCUGAAAAGAUAAAUGAUGAGGAGAACAUGGCUCUAUCCUACAACAGGAUUGGGACGGUGUAUGGAGCAAUGGGGGAGCAUGUUACUGCGUUACUCUGGCACCAGAAGGACCUGAGGAUACGAAGAAUGCAAGAUGAGGAAGAGAAAGAUGAUGUCAUGGCUAAGUGCAUUGCACACAGAAAUGCUGGUCUGACAUACAAAAUCUUGGGAAACUAUGACCAUGCAAAGUCCAACUAUGAAUCUGCUGCCGGCCUAUCUGCUAAGUCAGGCAGCAUGCUGCUGCAGUGGAUGACAACCCUGGAGCUGGGAGAACUGUAUCAGGGACAGAUGGGGGAUCCACACAAUGCACUCUGGUACUACACACAGCUCCUCACAAUGGCAGAGGAAAUGCAGGACAAGGAAAAGGUCGCAACAGCCUACAGACUAGUCGGAACGGCAAAUGAGGAGACAGGAGACCACCAAUCAGCCAUAGACUGGUACCAGAAAACUCUGCGUACUUGGAGGUACAUCGAAAACAAAGAGGGGCAGAUUGCGGCUCACAAGAGCAUUGCCAAGGCCAGCAUGGCCCUCCAGAAGUAUGCAGACACAAAACAACACUACGAAUCUGCCUUGGGACUAGCAGAUGACCUUGGAAACAAAGGACAGACAAAACAGCUGCUCUUGUUGCUAGGAGACCUCCUGAGGGAUGAUCUCAAUGAUUCACAGGCAGCAGCAAAACGAUACACACAGUUGCUAAAGUUAAUGGAGGAGGUACAAGACAAGGUGGGAAUAUUACUGUCCUAUACAAGGCUUGGGGAUUUGUAUCGAGAUAAGAUAGCUGACCCUAACACAGCUGCAAAAUACUACAAGGAGAUGGUAACAGUGUCAGAGGAGGUAAAGGAUAAAAACAAGGCAGUGGUAGCCUACAGCAGGCUGGGUGAUCUCUACAGAGAGGCACUUGAUGAUCCAGAGGUGGCCAUCAAGUACUAUGAGAGGGUGCUUGUAGUGUCUGAGGAGCUCAAGGAUCCUGCAAAGAUGGCCCUAGCAUGCAGCAGGCUGGGAGACCUACACAGGGAAGGUGUAGGCAACCCCAAAAAAGCCGUGGAGUACUACAAACAGAUGCUGGCUCUUGCAGAAGAGACACAAGAUAAGGAAAAGGUGGCACUAGCCUACAACAGACUUGGUCUGACCCAUGGCAUGAUGGGAAAGUACGAAGAUGCCGUUGACUGGCAAGAGAAGAAUCUGCAGCUGAGAGAGGAGAUGGGAGACAAGCUGAAGCAGGUUGCUGCUCAGAUGAACCUUGCCGCUUCCAUCAAGAAACUAGGAAACCCCAAGAAAGCCAAGUUCCACUACACCGCAGCCAUGGCACACGCUGUGGAGACAGGGAACAGGGAGAGGCAGUGUUCCCUCGCCAUGCAUCUGGGAGAUUUGUACAGAGAAGAGUUCAAAGAGCAGAAGAAAGCUAUGAAGUUUUACCAGCAGAUGUUGAGCAUGGCCGAGGAGCUGGACUUGAAGGACGACAUUGCUCUCACGUUCAGCAAGAUGGGGCUGGUGUACCAGGCUGUGGGGGAGUACGAGCAGGCAGUGGAGCUGCACCAGAAACACCUCAUGAUCAAACAGGGUCACGGCGACAAGGAGGGCCAGAUGAUAGGCCAACAGAACAUGGCCGACUCCUACACAUCCUGGGGGAAGUACGAACAAGCUGCCACGCUGUACGGGACAGCCCUGGCCUUCGCCAAGGAGCUGGAAGAUAAGCAGCAGCAACGGGAUAUCACCCUGAAGCUGGGGGACCUGCACCUGGACAAGCGCAAGAAACCACAGAGGGCCCUGGAAUACUACAUGGAGUUAAGGGACCUGGCAGAAGAAAUGAAAGACAAUGGGAAACUUGCAGUGGCAUACAACAGGAUGGGCCUGGCACAUGACGAACUGGGGGACCACAAUGAAGGCAACAAGUGGCACCAACUGGCCAAGAAAUUGAAGGAAUAGCCCCUGUUCAAAACUACAAACUUGUGUUUCUUAAAAGUUUAGACUGUUGAAAAUUGCUUAAAGAUAGGACAUAGUUUUUAUGAAAAUUUUCAACUACAUGUGGUUUGCUUAUCAUCUGAACAGUGCUGUGACAGUGAAAACAAGAAUGAAAAAAAAAGUGUAAAAAUGU